AUGAAGGUUUUUACAAUUUUGUCAGUUAUCAGCAUAUUGACUGUAGUAAACGCAAUUCCAGACGAUUCUUACAAGGACUUGAAAGAUUACAAAGGUUGGGAUAAUAAAGAUUGGAGUAAAAAAGAUUGGGAUAACGACAAAUAUUACAAAGGCAAGGAUGAUAAAGAUUACAAAGUUAAAAAUGUCA